AUGUGGAAUUCGUCGGAAAUCGACGAUGCCUACGCGAAUAUGACCCACGUUUCUCCGCCAUCACCACCUCUGGCCAUCAUAUUCGGCUGUUUCACACUUAUUGGUAUCGUCGGUAAUUUGGCAUUAUUUCUCUACAUCCUCAUUCACAAGCUGUAUCAGAAUUUUAUCUCCUCGCACUUUAUUGCGCAUCUCUGCAUCACGAACCUUGUUGCAUUGCUAGUGCUGUUACCAAUAUUCAUAUAUACAAUCUGGACAGGAGUGAACAUAUUCCAAGAGAGCAACUUUAUGUGUCGACUACAAGCACUUCUCACAUGCACGGUAUGGACAGUCAUGGCAUUAAUGGCAUUGUGUAUCGCUGGAGUCCAUCUGCUGACUUUUGCCAGAAUUCAUUACGACCAACUGUUCGGUCUUCGUCCUGGUAUUCUCUGCAUGCUGUCGUGGGUGAUCUCGCUUGUACUCGCGCUACCGUCUGCUACUAACGGUCAUAUUGUCAUCUAUGAUGCCUCUCUUCGGCACUGCAUAUGGGGUCAUUCAGACUCUGGUCUGAAAUUUCUCACCUACCUUCUUAUUCUUGGUGUACUAAUACCAGCCGCCUUCUCAUCAUAUGCCUAUAUACGUGUGCUCGGCAUUCUUUAUCACAGUCCCAUUGUAUUCCAAUCUUUAGGACUAUACAAGAGCCGAUUUCUCGUCUAUGCAUUCUUAUUCAGCCCAAUGUAUCAAGUGCCGUUCUACGCACUCACAAUGAUGCACGCUAACCACAGCUGGAGGAUACAGACGGAAGCUUUCUGGCCCGCUGUUUGCAUGUUCGUAGCCUUUACUCAGUGUCUCGUGUCGCCUGCUCUCUAUGGCGCCAGCCUUUUCAUGAUGAAGGAGGAAGACAUGGCACUAACGGCACGAACGCACAAAGGAGCCACAGGAUAUCAGCACGUGCAAACUCACAAUAUGCAGGCGCAACUGAUAUAA